AUGGUCUGGGUGCAUGGAGGAUACUUCAAAUUUGGAUCGGGAUCGGUGUACGACGGUCGAAUACUUGCGUCAAAGGGAGGAGUCAUUGUCGUGACCAUAAAUUAUAGACUUGGAGCUUUAGGAUUUCUAUCAACAGAUGAUUCGGUAACAAGCGGUAAUCAAGCACUUCUGGAUCAGUCGCUUGCAUUAAAGUGGGUAAACAGAAACAUACAUCGAUUUGGUGGGAAUCCCCGCCAGGUGACCCUAUUUGGAGAGAGUGCUGGAGGGGCCUCUGUUUCACUCCACAUGUUUUCCCCAUUGUCGUCUGGACUGUUUCAAGGGAUAAUCUCACAAAGUGGAUGUGCUCUCAGUCCAUUUGCUGUAAAAAGGCCUCCCCAUUCCUUGUACGUCAGUACUAGAAACCUAGCAUUGAAAUUGGGCUGUCCAGUACUCUCAUCCAAAAUUAUGGUGGACUGUUUAAGACAUAAAUACGCCUAUGAAAUCGUUAACAUAGAAGCACCUGACAGUCGGAAUGUUAUAUCGUUUGCACCGAGAGUUGAUGGAUAUUUCCUACAUGACGUCCCCGAAAAAAUCCUCCAAAGAGGUGAUUAUAAUAGAAACGUAAAGGUUUUGACUGGUUACGUUCGCGAUGAAUCUUCCAUCUUCAUUCCCGAUGACUUCGAUGAACAAGGUGGAUAUAACAUCACACAAUCCAAGCAUAAUUCUUCUAUAACCAUUCCCGAUGGAAGUAACUGGAACACGUUUGGAGAAAACAAGGAAUAUCUCCUUUUCAAAAACUCUUUGGAACUCAGAAAAAAUCCAAGGAAUCACACGCUGGCGUUUUGGGAACAUUUCAAUUUUCUGGACUUUUGUGCUAACCCGGACGAUCCUGGCAAUCUGGUGUAA